UGAAGCAUGUCUCUGCCCUAUCCUUAAUGGUUAAACACUCAGCACACCGAAUAUGUCCACUAAAAUGAGCACAGAAGGAUCAAAUGUGUAAUUAUUUACCAUACUGACAACACAGGUAGGAGCUACAAGCUCAGAUACACGUGUUUUGCCGAUCUUGUAUCGCUGCCUGAUGCAGCUGCGAGGGGUUCGGAUCAUCAGUGGGUUCCUUAACCUCCUUCAUGUGUUUUCUGGCAAAUGAACUCCAGUUUUACUCCGCUUUGUUUAAUUUCCGAGGAAGCUAAUACGCGAACUUGGAGUAAAUCCUUCGGAACAGAUUUUUUCAGACACGGUCCAAAAUCCGAUAUGAAUAUUUGAGUUGAAUUCCAUCUGAUAAUACGGACUAACCACGUAAUAUUCACGAACCGUCAACAGGCAGUCAGUAGUGUAGAAUUAUGUAAUUAUUUGCCAUACUGAUAACACAGGUGGAAGCCAAAAGCCCGGACACGCUGGGGGACCCACUGGUGAGCCGAACCCCUCGCAGCUGCGUCAGGCAUCGGCGCAAGAUCGGUGGAACACGCGUGUUUGGGCUUUUAGCUUCUAGCUGUGUUGUCAAUACGAUAAGUAAUUACCCAGUUGUAUACCAGACGCUGUCUGCUGGCGGUUUUUUGAAUAUUACACGGUUAUUCAGCAUUAUCUGGUGGAGUUCCGCUCAAAUAUUCAUAUCAAAUUUUGGACCGUGCCUGAAAAGUUCUGUUUCGAAGGAUUUACGCCAAACUUCGCCCACUAAUUUCCUCAGAAAUUAAACAAGGCACAGAGGGAUCACUUAUUUCAAGUUCACGACCUAACACACCUUUCUUUCAUCAUCUUUGGGCAUUAGCCGUCUCACAGUUUUAGUCGGGACGCACGGCCUUUAUGUCGAAAUCCGCAACUCCUGUGAGAUUUGGCUGUUCUUCUGUGAGAAUUUUCGUAUGUAGGUUUGAAAACAACUGCAAAGCUCGGCGAACGAUUGGAAUGAGGCUUGGAGCGAGAACGGCAGCAGCCGUAGCUGCACAACAAAAUCUCGAGCAGGACAGGGAAGUUAAGAAAUAAGCGGAAUGAAAAUAAUGGCAAUAUUGACAAUGUCUACCAGCCAAAAUAUAGGUGUCCAUGUUUCAGGGACAGGUAGAGUAGGUCCUACUAUCGAAAGGGACUCAAAAAAUUACUGCACUUUUGCCGGAUCCAUAAUAACAACUUUAAGACUGGCUAAAACUUUCAGUCAUUUCGCGAGAUUGGACUUUCCUGUCCAAGCUUAUAUUCCAUUUACAAUGUGGCUGAAUUUGUAUCGGGAAGACCGUUCAACAUUCUUAGAAGUUCCAGCUCCUUGUGCGCAGUCACGAGCAGCUAAAAAUGCAAAAUCGUCUCUUCCGGUCUGCUGAGAUCUUGAUGAUCCAGCGUUUUCUAACUUUAUGAUGGCUUCGGGGAGGAUCCAAAAGCAGUCAGAACAGAUGAGAUUUCCGCCUCGAUGUGCGCCGAACCUCGAGCUAGCUUUCGUCAACUUUAUUUCUACUUGUGGGAAUUCCAUGACCGUCAAAUUUUCACAAGAGUAUUUGUCACUUUUUCUGUCGGGUAGAAUGAGGACGCGAUUGUUGACAAGCUGUUUGAAUCCAAAGCCGACAAGAGGACCAAGGCCAUCAACGCUGAACAGCUGAUGGAGAUCCUCAACAAGAGCUCCCUAAAGAGUGAGUUUACUUGAAAUUACAAAGUUUGCUUAUUCUUUGACAUUUGGUCUGACGGGAGGACUUUAGGAGUCGUCUUCUACCCUCGGCCAGAAUCACAUUUUUGCGCUGCCCGCCUGCACUCGAAAACCUGUAGAGAACAAUAACCUAAUUGGUUGACGUUUAGGCUUUGUGUUACCCUGUGGUGGUGUUCGGCCGUAGAACCCAUACGAGAAUUUGAAAUAAAGAAGUUGGCCGACGCGCGGUUUUGGUCGUCCAUCGUCAAGCCUGUUGUCAUGAAAGAGCGGUAAUGGUGGCUUGGCGCUUCGACCGUCGUCGCCGACGAUCUCCACCAUGUGCUCCACAGCACAGAGACAUGCGCGUGAAUUGGUUUAUAGUGGCAGUAGACCUCAGCCACUGUGUUGGUUGAAAUCCUGGUUAUUGUUGUGUGGACCAGGGGGUGUGGUGGAACGCCAAGGUGAGGAUCCGUCCGAGCCAUCCACCUGCGGCCUCCCCCGUCUCCGGUCUUCUUGACUCUGUCUUGACACCGGGCUUGGGCGAGGGAGGAGGAGAGAAUGCAGGUAGAUGCAGCGCAAGUCUACUGGCACUAUAAACCCCUGCGCAAGUCACCGUCCCUGCUCCCAUUGCUGCUGUAACUGUGGGGCACACGGUGGACAUCGUCGAAAUCGACGGUCGAACUGUCGUGUGUGUGUGUGUCCUCAAAACGGGCCACGUGUUGGACACGGGGCCACAUCGGACUCUGGCAGGCGUUAUCUUUGCGCAAUAACAAAUGCCAACAUUUGCGGGGUGCGCUGGCGGACCCUGUUGUCGGCAUUCGUCGCACAACUGGACCACUGUCACCACCCCAUUGAUUUGUGGUCAAAAUCCUGGUCAUUUGUGUGUGGACCAGGGGGUGCGGAGUGGAGCGCCAAGGCGAGGAUCCGUCCGAGCCAUCCACCUGCGGCCUCUCCCGUCUCCGGUCUUCUUGACUCUGUCUUGACGCCGGGCCCAGGCGGGGGAGGAGGAGAGAGUGUAGGUAGAUGCAGCGCAAGUCUACUGGCACUAUAAGCCCCUGCGCAAGUCACUGUCCCUGCUCCCACAAUGCAGUCUGUGGGGUACACGGUGGUCAUCGUCGAAAUCGACGGAUGAACUAUCAGUGGCAGUAGACCUGUACAGCAUCCACCGCACUCUCACCUCCUCUCGCGCCUAAGCUCGAUGUCAAGAUACAGUCAAGAAGACCGGAGGCGGGAAAGAACGCAGGUGGCUGGCACAGCUGGACCCGCGCCUCGGUGUGCCAUCAAACCCCCUGGUCCACAACAAACACUUGACCAGGACUUAAAUUAGUAAAAAAAUGGGUUAGAAAGAGAGGAUGACUGGGCAACCAUGCACACGGCCUGUAUAACUAGUGGGAGCUCAUACGCAUCCGCCGGCAGGAAACCAGGUGCCAGAGAACUGCCGGCGCUCACCAGACUGCAAAGGCCAUGGUCUGCUGAUCAUGGCAUAGCGGACGCACACAAUCCAUAAAGACCAGAAGGAUGGUGACGCAGCCUUGCAUUUAGCCUGGGCCAUCACCCUUCACAGGCCGAAUAACCAGUCAGUCAUUGAGUGAGAGGGACUACCCAUAUACACACAUUCCUCACGCAUGUGAGAGUGCCAGGGGUCACGUCAAGAGGGAGCCGUUGCAGUUUGACUCUCAGACCACACAUGCCUUGUGAUGAAUAAUCGAAAACGGGCAUUUGCCGACUUGCGUUUAUUCCACACAUAUAUAUAACAAUCUCUUCAGGGUUUUCUUUCCACAAUGUGUUCUAAUAACCCACCUGCCAUUCUCGUCUCGCUCGCUUUGCCAUUGUAUAUGGAUGCCUUUUGAUAACUCAGAUGACUAUAUUCUUCUUACCGUUAAAGGUCUCUGUACGGAUUCCAAGGGCUUCAAUAUGGAGAACGCGCGCAGUAUGUUGGCAGCGAUGGACGUAUCCUUUUGUUCCGCUAUUCUAUCGUUUUUUUUUUGCUCAAGCAGUUGCAGGAUCUGAGCGACGAUUAAAUAGCGGUGGUGCGAACCACCUAAAGGCUUUCAACAUAAAUGAAACCACAGCUCACUCUUGCUUAUCCGAAUUUUGUCUUGGCCCGGCGCGCAACCUAUCUACUAUGACAUUUUAAUUAUUUCUACUGAUAAAUUAUAAGUAAACGUUUUAUACAGUCAUUUCGCGCCGAAGGAUGUUAACAAUUGGUCUAUUGGUCGAAUCGAUCGAUUAGUUUCGAAUACUUAGUUCUUUGUUUUACUGGUUUUCUCACAAAAGUUUAUGGGAAGCUGUGUAGUUGGCCAGGGCCGUAAUGUUAAGACGAAUUUGCCUUUUGUACAAUUACAUGUGAUAUACCAGUUUUCCUGAACGAUUCUCAUUCGGAUAGAAUAACCUAACCGGCAAGAUGGAGUAUGACGAAUUCAAGGAUCUCUGGGAGUGCUGUCAGUGCUGGAAAGUAAGUUGGAUAAAACAGAAUACAUACGCUGUUGUUCAUAGGGCUGAUUUCACUUAAGAUUAGGAAAAAUAACUAGAUGAGAGCAUGAGCCGCCUGCCAUAACUGGUGCCCUAUUCGGGGUUUAGAGUAUUAUUUUCGUGGCGCAUUCAAUUUGAGAAGUGCUUUCAUUAAUUUUAGCGUGUGCUUCCUUUAAUGCUCUGAUAGCGGAAUAUGACGGAUCCCUUCCACUUCUUCUUGGAUCUCAGGUCUAGAUCUUUUGCAGGCACUCACAUAGAGACAGGUAAUCAACAUUUGAAAGUAAAACAGGCAAAGGAAAGAUGGGCCGAGGUCGAGACCUUUCUGGGACAUUUUCUUGCCUCAGUCAGCUAUAUCCCAACUUCUGACUCCGAAUGAAUGUCCUACCUUUGCGAUUCGAGGCAAAGGAGGUGUGAACAGCUGGUAACGGCCAGAAAGACAAGACUUCCAU